AUUAUAUAUUCGGGUAUUAAAAAAAGUAUUUAAUAUUAAAGACAAACUUAUUUGCUGGAAUAAACUGAAAUAAUAAAAUAACUAAUAUUUUUUACUAAUCAUCAAUUAUGAAUUAACUUUAUGUUACUUAUAACAAAGAAAACUUUUACUGUAUUCUACAACUAAUACCUAUUCAUAUUUGCCAAUUAUUGAUAUUAAAUGAUUAAUCAAAUAUCAUUAUAAAAUUAUAUCUUUUUUAAAUAUACCGACUGCGCAGUUGAUGUGCACUUGCAGAGCAUGCCCAAACUCAUUCUUUUAGUGUCCGCGAAGCUGUUGUGGCGUCAGCAUCGCCGCAGUCGCGGAGUGAAUCAUCCCCACCUCAGCCACCCCACCGCCUCCACAAAUCGUGUCUGUGCAACGCCCGCGGUGUGCGGUGUGUCAGUGUGUGCACUGUGCGCUUCGAUUAUUUCGGUCCGGUGCAUCGAUACAUAUUUCAUCUCAGUUAAUCUUAUCGUCGUUCAACAAUUGAAACCGUGGAGGUUCAUCUUUUCCUGGAGAAGCAGCGAGACGCAACGCGGACCGUCCGGAUGCUCAGAAUCGUUACAGCUAAAGCAAAGCUGUAACACUGGUUUCGGAAGCGCAAAAAAGCUGCGAAUCACGAGAGUUGCGUGGGCUCGUAAGUUUUGCUUUCGCGGGUGCUGGCUGUCAGGGGAGUCUGCGGAUUUGAAGGUCUGCAUGAUGUCCGGUACCGCUGCUGAAAGCAUGAUCGGAAGUAACAGGACGGUACCCAGUAUCAAGCAAGAAGUCGAAAACCCAUCCACACCAACUCAGAAUUAUCAAGUCUGCUCGCCGACCACAACACUACAGCAACAGGAGUCGCUGUGCACGAAAAUGGAUAUGCAGGAUUAUGGAGGCAGCGGAGGCAGCCCCGGGAGCCCGGAGAUGCAUCAUUGUUCCUCGACGACGCAGCCGCUCGGCACUCCGGAGGAUGGCGUUAAGGAGGAGGAUAUGAUGCCUAGGAGGCUAUGCCUCGUUUGCGGCGAUGUGGCGAGCGGAUUUCACUACGGAGUCGCCUCCUGCGAGGCUUGCAAAGCCUUCUUCAAGAGAACGAUACAAGGCAACAUCGAGUACACCUGUCCGGCGAACGGCGAGUGCGAGAUCAACAAGCGCCGGAGAAAGGCCUGCCAAGCUUGCAGGUUCCAAAAGUGCCUCAGGCAGGGUAUGCUCAAGGAAGGCGUCAGACUGGACCGCGUACGGGGUGGCAGGCAAAAGUACAGGAGGAGCACCGAUCCUUACGUACCCGGAAAGACCAUCACCCUAGAAGAUAACAAAAUGGUGGAAGCGCUAAUCUCCUGCGAGCCCGACAUGCUGCAGGUGUCAACAUUGUCGCACACCUUGGACACCGAUCAACGAGUCCUGGGCCAGCUGUCCGAUCUCUACGAUCGCGAGCUCGUCGGUAUAAUCGGCUGGGCUAAACAAAUACCGGGAUUCAGCAGCUUACCCCUCAAUGACCAGAUGCGACUACUGCAAAGUACGUGGGCCGAGAUCCUGACCUUCAGUCUCGCCUGGAGAAGCAUACCCAACAGUGGGAAACUCAGGUUUGCGCAGGACUUUACCCUCGACGAGAGGCUGGCGCGCGAGUGCCACUGUUUGGAACUGUAUACGCACUGCAUGCAGAUCGUCGAGAGGGUGCAGCGGCUAAGCCUCGCGCGCGAGGAGUUCUACGUGUUGAAGGCCCUCAUCUUGACCAACAGCGACGCGAAGCUCGACGAGCCGCAUGCGCUUCACCGUUUUCGCGACAGCAUCCUCGGCUCGCUGUCGGACUGCGUGAGCGCGGUUCGGCCGGGUCAGGCGCUGCGCGCCAAUCAAAACAUGUUCCUAGUGCUGCCGGGCCUGCGCCAGGCCGACGGCAUCGUCCGUAAGUUCUGGUCCAGCGUCUACCGCACGGGUAAGGUGCCCAUGAACAAGCUCUUCGUCGAGAUGCUCGAGGCAGCCAGCUACCGAUGAAUGAGUCGUCGUCCCGCGACAUCGUCAAGACCUUGUCCAACGGAUACAUCAAGUCGAAAGAAGAGGCAAGAGAAGAGGAGUGUGAUCGAUCGCGCUCGCAAGGCUAGAGACGUGCGGGCGAUAGGUCUCUGACGUUGCGCUACCUCGCGUUCGACGCGCAAAUCGUCGAUACGGUUUGAAAAUAAAUGCCUUGAAAACAGUUUAACGAUACACCCUCACACACACACACACACACACACACACACACACACAUAUUUACAUGAGUCUUUCUACGGCAGAUCAGAGCGCGUUUGUUGGCGGACUGAUUCUAAAGGUUGGACUUUUUCUUGGAAACCGAGAGCUCGAUAACGACUGCGACAGAGAUUGAGAAUUAGAUUGCGUGAAAGAAAUGAACAA